CCAGCAACAUAGGAAGAAAAUGUGUUUGAACAGCAGAUAGCAAGUAUUGAUCAGGAGGAACUAUGCGUCUGUUUUAGGAGACAGUGGAUUUGAUAAGUGCGCGAGUCAUGGAUGCUUCCCUGUCUUUGCUGUGGCAGUGUGUGUUCUCGCCUGUGAAUAUUGUGGGUUUGGUAGCGUUUGUGCUUCUUUUCUAUGUGCUGCAACAGUAUGAGAGGCAUCGAAGAUACGCGAACAUCCCUCCGGGUCCAAAGCCAUGGCCCAUCGUGGGCAACUUCGGGGGCUUCCUUGUGCCUUCGUUUAUUUUAAGACGACUUGCAAAGUAUCGUAAAGAGUUUGCAAAGAUGGCCUCGAAUCCGCUGUCACCUCAGGCUGGACUCAUGGAGAUGUCCAAACUCUAUGGGAACAUAUUCAGCAUUUUUGUUGGGCCUCAGCUUAUGGUCGUGCUGACAGGAUAUGAAACUGUCUGGGACGCGAUGUUAAACCAUCCAGAGGUCUUCUCUGACAGACCACAAAUACCGCUCGUAACUAUUAUCACCAAGAGGAAAGGGAUUGUGUUUGCGCUCUAUGGUCCUUUGUGGAGGACAAACCGUAAAUUCUGUCACAGCACUCUGCGCAGCUUUGGCUUUGGCAAGCUGAGUCUGGAGCCUUGCAUCUAUGAAGGCCUGACCAUGAUUAAAACAGAACUGCAGAGCCUCAUCGAAAAAGCAGGGCCUUCUGGUAUUGAUCUGACUCCUCUCAUCAGCAAUGCUGUCUCCAACGUCAUCUCCUCUAUGAGUCUGGGUCAGCAUUUCCAUCACCAGGACCAGGAGUUCCGCACCAUGCUGGAUCUCAUGUCUCACGGGCUGGAAAUUAACGUCAGCACAUCCAUUUUUGUUCCUAUAGUCACUGUAUAUUAA